CAUGGCCCACUAUUUAGAUAAUAGAGUUAUAACCAAACAAUAACCCAAAAUAUUGAAAAGAAGUUGAAAAAAUGGAACAAGCAAAGAACAAGCAUCACCAAACACGAGUUUUCAUCUUGUUCUUGAUUAUCAUAUUAUCUUUAACAAGCACAUCAGGAUCAUCAUCACCGGAGUCAUCACAAAAUAGAAAGCAUCACUUUGUUCUAGUGCAUGGAGCGUGCCACGGAGCAUGGUCAUGGUACAAGGUUAUUACACUUCUCAAAUCAUGGGGUCACAAUGUAACUGCCUUAGACUUGGCAGCUUCAGGAGUGAACCAAAAGCAGGCUUUGGAGCUUAAUUCAAUUUCUGAGUACUUUGGACCUCUGACUGAGUUCAUGAAUUCAUCAGUGGGUGAAGGUGAAAGAGUGGUUCUUGUUGGUCAUAGCCUUGGUGGCUUGGCCAUAUCCUAUGCCAUGGAGCAUUUUCCUAACAAAAUUUCUGUGGCAGUCUUUGUCACUGCUUUCAUGCCUGGUCCAACACUCAACGUAUCCGUUGUCUAUCAAAUGGCAUCGAGCAAAUUAGAACCUAUUCAAGAUAAUGUUUUUACUUAUGAUGAUGGUCCAAACAAUCCGCCCACAACAAUUGUAUUUGGACCGCGUUUUCUCAGGUCUCGAUUGUAUCAGCUCAGUCCGAAGCAGGACUGGAUUCUAGCAACAACGUUGAUGAGACCAUUAAAAUUAUUCAGUCUUGAUGAUAUAGUACGGGUGGUAACCCCAUCAACCACAAGAUAUGGUUCUGUAAAUCGUGUCUUCAUUGUGUCUAAAAAUGAUCUUUUUGCCACUCUAGAUUUUCAACAAUUUAUGAUUGAAAACAAUCCCCCAAAUCGCACGGUUGAGAUUGCUGGAUCUGAUCACAUGGUCAUGAUGUCCAAGCCCAUAAACCUUGCCCUUCAACUGCAAUCCAUUGCUGAUUAUUAUGAUUAACAUAUAUAAUUAUGUUUUACACAAAUAAUACAAUACAAUACAAUACAAUACAAUACUCCUUGCUAUACAUUAUGAGUCAUAUGACAAAUAAAUAAAAAUCCCAUGCCCUGUUAUUAUGGUA